UCUUGUAGUAUUAGGAAUAUCACUUUAAUUAAAACAGAGAUUAGUCUGUAGGCAAUGUUGUUAAUAUUUGUUUUUUCUGCCUUCACUCACUAGUUAUGGAAGAGUAGAAAAAGGCAAAAACAUCUUUAUAUCAAUACAUAUAUUUACUCCACCUCUUUUGCCCCUUUCUCUUGUUCUCUUUAUCUUUGGCCUUCUUAGGACUUGUAUUUUAGUCUUUCAUGAUUAAAAGAUCAGUGAGAAAUCAAUACGAAGAACCAUAGUCCAUAGCUGUUUGUAACUGCUGCAAUCUACGGGUCGAGCAAAGGAAACAAUGGGAUCUAGAGGCCGAGUGACAAAGGUUGAAGUUCAGCAGAAGCCUCUCUCAAGGGUUCCAAACACGAAGCCACCAUUCACUGUUGGCCAACUCAAGAAAGCAAUUCCACCACACUGCUUUGAGCGUUCUCUCUUGUACUCAUUCUCCUAUGUUGUUUAUGACCUUUCAUUGGCCUUCAUUCUCUACAUUGCCACCACCUACUUCAACCUCCUCCCCCACCCUUUUUCCCUCAUCGCAUGGCCCAUAUAUUGGUCCCUCCAAGGUUGCAUUCUCACUGGUGUGUGGGUGAUUGCUCAUGAGUGUGGCCACCAUGCCUUCAGCAAGCACCAAUGGGUUGAUGACCUUGUUGGUUUGACCCUUCACUCAGCACUUCUAGUCCCUUAUUUCUCAUGGAAAAUAAGCCACCGGCGCCACCACUCCAACACAGGUUCCCUAGACCGUGAUGAAGUGUUUGUUCCAAAAGACAAAUCCAAAGUUGCAUGGUACAGCAAGUACUUGAACAACCCUCUAGGAAGAGCUCUUUCUCUUCUCAUCACACUCACACUAGGAUGGCCCUUGUAUUUGGCCUUCAAUGUUUCUGGCAGACCCUAUGAUCGUUUUGCAAGCCACUUCCACCCUUAUGCUCCCAUAUAUUCACACCGUGAAAGGCUUCUGAUUUUUGUUUCUGAUGCUGCUUUGUUUUGUGUAACUUACUUUCUCUACCAUAUUGCAAUCACAAAAGGGGUGGCUUGGCUGGUUUGUGUCUAUGGGGUGCCAUUGCUCAUUGUGAAUGGCUUUCUUGUGACCAUAACAUAUUUGCAACACACACACUCUGCAUUGCCUCACUAUGACUCAUCAGAAUGGGACUGGCUGAGGGGUGCUUUGGCAACUGUGGACAGAGAUUAUGGGAUUCUGAACAAGGUGUUUCACCACAUAACUGAUACUCAUGUGGCUCACCAUCUAUUCUCCACAAUGCCACAUUACCAUGCAAUGGAGGCAACCAAUGCAAUCAAACCCAUAUUGGCCGACUACUACCAAUUUGAUGGCACCCCAUUUUACAAGGCGCUGUGGAGAGAAGCAAGAGAGUGCCUCUAUGUGGAGCCAGACGAAGGAACAUCUCAGAAGGGCGUUUAUUGGUAUAGAAACAAGUUUUGAUGAAGAAAACAUGUGCCAUAGUGUGGGAGUUCAAAGUUUUGUCAUGUACUAUCACUUAAUAAGUGGAUUUGCUGUGUAAUCACUACUGUAUUGUGAAAUAGCUUGUUUCCAUCAUGGUCAUAAUGGAAAAAUAAUUGUAGUACUAUUAAUUAUAUGUGGAAAGACUUUUCUGCUUA